ACACCAGCAUUUUGCCCAUCUGUAAAGAUUCUCUCGGGUGGAUGUUCAACAAGCUGGACAUGAAUUACGACCUUCUGCUCGACCAAUCAGAGCUCAGCGCCAUUUACCUUGACAAAUACGAGCUGUGCAUGCGGCCACUGUUCAACUCCUGCGACUCCUUCAAAGAUGGAAAGCUGUCCAACAACGAGUGGUGCUACUGUUUCCAGAAACCUGACGGCAUGCCGUGUCAGAACGAGAUGAACAGGAUUCAUUCUCAGAGCCGGAGGAAGGCUCUGAUAGGUGGGUGGAUUUGAUGAACAGCUGU